AUGGGCUGCAUGGCGAACCACCGUGACUACGUGAACCAGUGUUUCACACUUCUCACUAUUCUCUCCCAUUCCGCAGGCAGAGGAGGAGAGUUUCUGCGGCGCCUGGCCAACUACCAUCUCAACCAAAAAAUCACACACCUUCCCACUCCUUCCUUCCCAUCUUCAAACCCCCACAUGCCCUCCGCCCAUACCACCAUCCCUCCAACCACCCACCCCCUGCAGGCAGAGGAGGAGUUUCUGCAGCGCCUGGCCAACUACCAGGACCAUCUGAACCAGGGCCCGCGGGUGGACAAGCUUUGGCAGCACCUGAGGAAGGCCGCUUCGAUGCGGGUGGAGGAGUCGAUGACAGACACUGUGCUACAGGUGGAGGAGGACUCAUUCAUGGUGGACGCCACUGAGAUCAUGCUCAACUGCAAUGUGUCUCGCCUGCCCGUGGUCGUGCGGCUCCCUGAUGGUCGCAGGACUCUCACAGGCAUCAUCACAUGCAGCGACAUUCUACGGCACACGCUGCUGCUGCUCUAG